UUGCAACGAGAGACAAACAUCUUCGUCUUGUUUGUUUUCGCUGAGUUUCAUAUUGCAAAUACUAAAACCCUGAAACUCUUUCUCUCUUGCAUAAUCUCCUUCAUUACUAUACCUUCGUCUGUGAAUCUCCAACUCUCCGAAAUGGGUGUUGAAGAAAGACCCACAUUGUCACUAAAGUUUUCGAACAUCCCCAGAACCACCACAGCCCAGGAGAUUCUUGAUUUCUUUGAAUCAAGAAUCGGUAAAGCCUCAGUCUUUGCCUGUGAAAUCUUCUCUGAGCACAAAAAUUGGAAGCCAAGAGACUCCGGGAGAGUCCAAUUCGAAACCCUGGAACACAAAAUCAGAGCCUUGACACUGUAUCAACAAGGGCAGCUUGUUUUCAAGAAGCACAACAUCUGUUUGUCUUCUUCGUUUGAUGAUGUUAUUAUUCGACCUGCGGAGGUUUCGAAUAGGGUUGAGAAUGGGGUUUUGAGUGCUGGGAUUUUGAGUGGGAGUGAGUGGAUGAGUGUGCUGGAGAGAUGGGGGAGUGUGAGAGCUUGGGUUAUGCCUGAGAGGAUGGCUUGUGAGUUUUGGUUGGAUUGUGAUGGGGUUAGCUAUAAGCUGGAGGUUUUGUUUGGGGAUGUUUUGGAGGUUUCGAAGUGUUGUUUGAAUGGUGGGACUGAGCCUAAUGGGGUGCUACUCACUCUGAAGUAUGCACCAAGGAUAUACAAAAAGGUUUUGGGGCCCCAUGUAGCUACGAGGUUUGGAUCAGACCGUUACCAUGUAUGCAAGGAAGAUUUUGAUUUUCUGUGGAUUCGCGAAACAGAUUUUUCCACUGUGAAGUCUAUUGGGCAGUCUUGUGCAUUAUGUUGCGAAUUUGUAGAAGGGACCUCUGGUUUAGAUGCCUUUUCUAAAUUACCAUUCUAUAAAAAUGAGUUCACCAAACUAGUCCUGAAAGAAAGUGAAGAGUUUCACACUUCAUCUGAGCUCAAUCCACUAGUAAGGUGUCCACAAAAGUCUAAUUUAUCAUAUGAGGUCCUUUUCCAGCUUAAUGCACUUGUUCACAGUCACAAACUCAGCCUUGCUGCAGUGAGUCCUGAUUUGCUUGAGUUGCUCAGCAGUUUGAACAAAUUAAAGGCCUUGGCAAUCCUUCAGAAAGUCCAUAAAUUGCAGUACAUGUGUUUUGAUCCUAUGCAUUUUAUUAAUGACCACUUGGAAUUUCAAAAGAAUAAUGGAAAGAAUUUGCAGCCAUCAUCUGUUAGCAAAUCAACAAAUCCUAAUGUGAUGAGUUGUCAUAGAGUUCUCAUCAGCCCGUCAAAGAUAUACUGCUUAGGCCCUGAACUUGAAUCAUCUAGUUAUGUUGUGAAGAAUUUUUCUUCAUAUGCUUCAGAUUUCUUAAGAGUAACUUUUGUUGAUGAAGAUCUGGGUAAGCUUCAUCCUCAUACUGUUUCAGCAAGCACUCAGAAAGGUAUAUUUGCUAAGCCUUUCAGGACUUCCAUAUACCACCGUGUAUUGUCUGUUCUCAGGGAGGGAAUUGUUAUAGGUGCUAAAAGAUUUCAAUUUUUAGCGUUCUCGGCUAGUCAGCUUCGUUCAAAUUCAGUAUGGAUGUUUGCUUCAAAUGAGCAUGUGAGAGCAGAAGAUAUCAGGGAUUGGAUGGGUUGUUUUAACAAAAUACGCAAUGUGUCAAAAUGUGCUGCGAGGAUGGGUCAAUUGUUUAGCUCUUCCACGCAAAUUGUAGAAGUUUUACCACGAGAGGUGGAGAUUAUUCCGGACGUCGAAGUGGUGUCUGACGGUGUUGAGUACUGCUUCUCUGAUGGUAUUGGGAAGAUUUCCUAUACUUUUGCUAAGGAAGUUGCUAAAAAGUGUGGACUCAGUCAUACUCCCUCUGCAUUUCAGAUCCGAUUUGGUGGCUAUAAGGGUGUCCUGGCCGUUGACAAUAAAUCUUCUCACAAACUAUCCUUGCGUGGUAGCAUGCAUAAAUUUGAUUCAGAAAAUAGGAUGCUUAAUAUAACUAGCUGGAGUGAGUCUAUGCCUUGCUACUUAAAUCGGGAAAUUAUAUCCCUUUUAUCUACCUUGGGUGUGGAGGAUCAUUCUUUUGUGGCCCUGCAAGACGUUCAAAUUCGUGUUCUCCAAAAAAUGUUAAGUGAAAAAGAGGCAGCAUUAGAUAUCCUCGAAAGCAUGGGUAAGAGUGAUGGUAAUAGAAUUCUAGCAAAUAUGUUGGUUAAAGGUUACAAUCCAAACGAGGAACCUUACCUCUCCAUGAUGCUUCGAUCACAUUACGAACUUCAGGUUUCUGACUUAAGAAGCAGGUGUCGUAUUCUUGUUCCCAAGGGCCGUAUCCUAAUUGGAUGUCUAGAUGAAAGUGGCAUUUUAGACUAUGGCCAGGUUUAUAUUCGAAUAACCAUGACUAAUCGGGAGCUAAAAAGUGGUGAACAGACUUUCUUUCACAAAGUAGAUGAAACUACGUCUGUACUGAUCGGGAGGGUUGUGGUUACAAAAAAUCCUUGUCUACACCCAGGAGAUAUCAGAGUUCUUGAGGCUGUAUAUGAUGAGUCACUGGUGAAGAAUGGCUUGACAAAUUGCCUUGUCUUCCCUCAGAAAGGUGAAAGGCCACAUCCAAAUGAAUGCUCUGGUGGUGACCUUGAUGGUGACUUAUAUUUCAUAAGUUGGGAUAAAAAACUUAUUCCACCUCGAACUGUAGCCCCUAUGGAUUACACUGGACGUAGACCACGCCUAGUGGAUCAUGAUGUAUCUUUGGAGGAAAUUCAAAGGUUUUUUGUUGAUUAUCUGAUCAAUGAUAGCUUGGGGACCAUCUCUACUGCACAUUUAGUUCAUGCAGACCUUGAUCAAGAUAAAGCUUUGAGUGAAACAUGUCUCUACUUGGCAAACCUUCACUCAAUGGCAGUAGACUUUGCAAAAACAGGAGCACCAGCAGAAAUGCCUAGGGCCUUAAAACCAAGGAUGUUUCCGGAUUUUAUGGAAAGGUGGGAAAAACAGUGUUACACUUCCCAAGGAGCACUAGGGAAACUCUACCGUGCUACUGUUGACUCUACAGAGCGUGAGAAGUUGGGUCCUGCCUACCCAAACAAUUUCCAAGAUUCUUAUGAUCAAGAUCUUGAAGUGAAUGGCUUUGAAUCUUUUAUCAGUAUUGCUGAAGGCCACAAGGAGAUGUACUUGGAUAAACUUGUUAGCCUGAUGAAGUAUUAUGAAGCUAAAAAUGAAGUCGAAAUUCUAUCUGGUAAUCUGCAAAGACAUUCGUCAUAUUUGUUGCGAGAUAAUCGAAGAUACGGAGAAACAAAGGAUCGUAUUAUGAUAUCAAUCAAGAACCUGCACAAGGAAGCCACAGGAUGGUUCGACAGCAGCUGUGCAGAACAAGAAAAACAGAAGCUGGCAUCGGCAUGGUAUUACGUAACUUAUCAUCCUACUCAUUGUCAAGAAAGCAUCAAGUGCCUUGGCUUUCCAUGGAUUGUAGGUGAUAUAUUGCUUGAUAUCAAGUCAGUCAACAGCAAAAUUUAGUCUUAGGGUAUGUCUGGCUUAUAUUAGUAGAAUAACUUUUUACUUGAAGUUAAUUUGGUUGUACCUGGUAUUUUACCACCACCCCUUGUUACAACCAAAGUGUUGGUAAUUCUACUUGAAUGUAUAUUUUCUAAUAUUUAAGUUUCACUGGUUGCUUCUGUCUUUAAGUAAUAUAUUAGAAAUUAGAUCUGAGAUGCGGUAAUUUUUUUUUUGUAAAUGAAAAUUACAGCCUAACAAAGGGCAAAAACUGUAAUAAAGAGUACAGUAAAAUUACUGAUAUGCCCUUGUCAAAUCCGGAAUAUCCAAAAUGCCACCGACUGUUACAAAACAUGAAGUCAUCUGAUAUACAGGAAGGGUUCAUCUGCCCUAUCUCCCAUUUUCCUGUCGGCGAGCCGAGCGUAUUUGAGCUUCAUUUUAUCCAUCUUCUGAAGGUUCCUCUGUCGCAUGGAGUCUGUCAACACAAAGUACAACAACUUCAUGAGCAUUGAUAUGAUAAUCAUCGAUCAAAAGGAUUAAAAGGAUAUUACAUAUUUCUUAGCCUACUUGCUAUUGAUCUAACUUGGUCCUUAUAUUACCUGUUAGUGGUGGUAGCUACAGCAACAGCACCUACACCUGUCUUCAAAGAUAUGGAAUCUAACAGACACCUAGUUGAAGUGCUGAUGUAAUUUAAACUCUCUCUUUUUAUACUCUGAUACAAUUAAAGGUUGUUUACACUUUACAUCUUUGGAAAAUAAAUGCACAAGUUAUUUGACUAAUAUAUAAUACGAUAUGGUUUCAGGCUUUUGAGGAAUUUAAGUAAUUAUGUACUGUUUUUUGUUAACAAACAUAUACACAUGCAUAUUUGAGUAUAUAUAAUGGUACAUAUACAUAGGUAUUUAUCAAAAAUACGCCUACCUAUGGACCUGUUUUUCAGAAUAUAUAGAUAUAAUUUUAAGAUAAUUAGAAAUGUGUGUAGUAAAACUGUAAAAACUUAUACUAAAUCACUACUUACUAACCGGAAUAUUAGUACGAACAAAAUUAAUAGUGAAUAUGUAUGACGCACUCGGCUCAUCUCAUUUCUUAAUGUGCUGAUACAAGAAAAUUUUAUUUGAACAUAAAAAUUUAGUCUGACCAAAUAUAAAAUCGAUACUCCAAAGUAUAUUCCUAAUAGUACCUCAUAUCGUCAUAUUCUGAACAUAAUUUUGGAAUAUCGGUUGUUUUUUUUAAUUGAAAUCAUGAAAUGUUAUUAAACAAGCUACAUUAUACUUGAUGAGAAUAUUUUGUUUCAGCUAGUGGUAUACAUACAAGUAUGUUAGGUUGAUGAGCUUCAAUAACUAGUUAGAUUUGUGAAGUGCAAUUUAAAGGUUUAUAGUAAGGAGAAAAUUUGCGUUACACUUGUCAAAGAGGUGUAAAUGGCUCUACUUUGAUGUGAUAAAUGAAUCUUUUAUAUAUUUUCUUCCUUGCACGACAACUAUUUCUCUAUUUAUAAAUUGUCAUUUCGGAUUACUCUGAUGAUUCAUUUAAAUAUUAUAGGUGUAAUGUACUAAUGUGAUUAUGAAGUUGAGUCAGGUUUCACAGUCAGAGAUGAGAUUUCUACAUGCAAAGUAUGUGUGAGCUCUUAUUUGUUUUGAGUUUGAAUGACUUUCAUAUUAGUAACUGAGGUGGGUCUUGAUGGGAUCUAGUAAGGGCGGGAUGGGUCUAGCGAUACCGGGGUGAGGUCUAGUUUGGUCUCUUGGACGUGGAUGGAGCAUGUCUGAGACAUGUUGGGAGUCUAAGAGCUUCAGUGGACCCAGAAUGGAUUUAGUGGAAGGGGUCUGGAUCCCUGGUCGGUGAUGACACAUAAAGCACGGGUGAUAUGGGUUUUCUCUUUAGUUUCUAUUUGAAUAUGUAUAUAUCUAUAUGCAAGUAUGUAAGUAUGUGUGAGCUCUUAUUAGCUUUUAGUUUGAAGGAUUUUGAUGAGUAUAGAUGUUAUAUUAGUUUUUAGUUUGAAGUACUUUUAGAUGAGUAUAGAUGUUAAUGAGAUAGAAUGAGUAAAAAAAUCCAUUGGCGGUGAAAGUUGCAAAUUUUUUAUUCUUUUUUGCUAAAUAAAGUUGCAAAUUUUUCAAUGCCAA